AUGGAGAAAAACGCAAUAUUUCGGCUGAUCAUAUUUUUGGCUACGUUUUGCGGUUUGGCAGUGGGUAAAAUCGUACGGGUCUAUAACUGUGAUCUCUACUGCGGCGAUGGGCAAUAUUGGCCGUUGACGCAGUGUUGCGAACGGCACGACUUCUUCGGCAAGGCCGGCGGCGAGUGCCAGGGCGCGAAGGCCUUUUGCGAUAUCGGAUUA